AUGCGUGCUAUUACAAAGAAGAUUUCAGAUUUUUUACAUGAAAUUAUUGCACCUGUAUUCAAUGAUCAAUGCCGUAAAACAACCAUUGUUGAUGGUACUCAUUUAAUUAAUGAACUUAAAAAAUAUCAGAAGAAAAGUCUUUUAAAAUCAUCAACUCUUUUUUUUUGUACUUUCGAUAUUCGUAAUUUAUAUACAAUGUUACCACAAGAUCAAGCAUUAGAUAUUCUGGUAGAAUUUCUUAAAAUACAUGGCAAAACAGCAGUGAAUAAAAUUGAUGUCAAAACAAUAAGAGAAUUAGCUUCGAUUGUUUUGGAAGAAAAUGUUUUUGUGUAUGGUAAGAAAAUUUAUCGACAAACUCUUGGUGAUGCCAUGGGUUCAUCAUUCACAUUAACACUAGCCAAGAUUUUUAUGUGA